CGUGGCCGUGGGUAUCCCGUGACUGGGGAACACAACGGGAGAUCUCAAAAGGUGACAUUUGUCAUAUUCAGGUCUAAAAUCAUGAAUGCAAGAGUUCUAUCAGCGUUUUUGGGCAUCUUUAUAUUUACUUACCUUUCUAAAGGCCAUGGAAUAAACCAAAAUAUGCUAAAGCAGUACUCUCACAUUAAAAGUGAGGCUACCCCCGAAGACCAAACGCAGGCUGUCAAAGACUUGAUAUCUCGUUUAUUGCCGGACUACACCGAAAAGUUUACAAUCAUAGUCCGACCAGAGAUGGGAGAGCCGCAUAUGGAUCAUUUUCAGUACAAGACGAAUGAUUCUAAGCUUGUUAUUACUGGGACUAGCGGAGUAGCGUGUGCAAUGGCUUUGCAGCAUUUUCUAAAAGCGUUUUGUUUCGCUCACAUCUCUUGGAGUGGGGACCAGUUGAAAAUUCCAACUCCGUUUCCUACAGUCUUAGACGAAGUGUCGGUUGGUAUCCCGUACAGGUUUCGCUAUUACCAAAAUGUGUGCACACCUAGUUACUCAUUUGUCUGGUGGAAUUGGACACGCUGGCAACGUGAGAUUGACUGGAUGGCCCUGAAUGGUAUCAACCUACCACUAGCAUUUACUGGACAGGAAGCCAUCUGGCAGAGGGUCUAUCUCAACUUGGGGCUGACCCAACAGGAACUGGACCAGCAUUUUAGUGGGCCUGCUUUUCUAGCCUGGGAGAGGAUGGGAAACAUGCAUGGGUGGGGCGGCCCCCUCCCUAGUACAUGGUACGGCAUGAAGCUCAACCUGCAGCACAAGAUCCUAGCAGCUAUGAGAAACUUUGGCAUGACCCCUGUUCUACCCGGCUUUGCUGGCCAUGUCCCUGCGGGUCUUCUAAGGUUAUACCCUAAGGCUAAUGUCAGUAAGCUGGGCGAUUGGGGUAAUUUUAACAGUACAUACUGCUGCACUUAUCUUCUCGAGCCAAGUGAUCCUCUAUUUCAGAAAAUUGGGACAGCUUUCAUUAAAGAGCAAACAGCAGAGUAUGGUACAAAUCAUAUCUACAAUGCUGACACGUUCAACGAGAUGAGACCGCGUUCAAGUGACCCCACCUACCUAGGUGCUGCCAGCAGUGCCGUAUACAGGGGCAUGGCAGGGGGUGACCCAGAUGCAGUCUGGUUAAUGCAAGGCUGGCUUUUUGUGGAUGAAGGCUUUUGGAAACCUGAUCAAAUCAAAGCCCUGUUGCAUGGUGUCCCCCAAGGGUUCAUGAUUGUGCUGGAUUUGUGGGCCGAGAAUAGUCCCAUAUGGUCGCGCACUCAGUCGUUCUACGGAACCCCUUUUAUCUGGUGCAUGCUGCUUAAUUUUGGCGGGAACAUUGGGCUCUUUGGGAACAUCAAAAGCGUCUCAACAGGACCACCUAAGGCCUUCCAAAGCUUCAACAGUACUAUGAUCGGCACCGGGCUGACGAUGGAAGGUAUUGAGCAGAACGACAUGAUGUUCGAGCUGAUGAAUGAAAUGGGGUACAGACUAGAACCCCUCAACCCUGUCGACCUGGACAACUGGAUCAAAGACUACGCCCUUCGUCGAUACGGGGGUACUAACCCAGCCAUCAUCCAGGCUUGGAGGUUACUGAUAAGAUCGGUGUACCAAUGCAAUGGGUACUGUGCUGAUCAUAUCCACUCGAUCUUUGUGUGGAAGCCUUCGCUAGAUAACAAGCCCAACUUGUGGUAUGAUCCUGAAGAUGUGUUCAAUGCGUGGGACGAGCUGAGGUCUACUGCUGCCGAGUUCAUGCAUGUGGAGACUUUUAGGUAUGACCUCGUGGACGUCACCAGGCAAGCCCUCCACCUCCGUGUCAUCCCCAUCUACAAUGACCUCAUUUCCGCUUACAAGAACAGGUCCGCGUUAAACGUUAUCCACUUCGGGUCCAGGCUCCUGGAGAUGUUUGAUGAUCUUGACAGCCUUCUUCAGACAAACCGGAAUUUCCUGUUGGGUCGCUGGCUCAACUCGGCCAAGGCACUGGGCACUACUCCAGCGGAGGUUGCCCUUUACGAGUUCAAUGCUCGGAACCAGAUCACUCUGUGGGGUCCUCGGGGCGAGAUCGAGGACUAUGCAAACAAGAUGUGGAGUGGACUGGUGAAGGCUUACUAUAAACCGCGUUGGGAGCUGUUCAUAGACGAGAUGGUAUCAGCUAUCGCUCAGGGAGAAGAACUUGACUAUGAGGCAUUUAAAAAGAAGUUGCUAGAACAAGAAACCGCAUGGACUCAUGGGAAGGAGGAGUAUCCCGACCAGCCUAGCGGCGACAGCUUGGCGGCGGCGGAAUUCUUGCAUAACAAGUGGCGAGGUGUAGCCUGAGAAGCGAAAUAAUAGGAGAUAAUGGCCGUUUUCCAGUGGGGGUCCUGUGGAAUUUGAGCGCGAAAACGAGACCUUGAUAGGUCAAACUCGUGCAACUUUGUUUUACAAAAAUCCUUCAUUUCAAAUCUUUUAAAGAAUGUCGUUCAGACACUCCUUUGUUAUUGUUUACAAUUGAAAAUGCAGCAAUUGCAAGAAAACAUACUAAUAACCAUCCACGAUUGAAGUGUGAUACUUGAUUAAUGAUAUCUUAUUAAAAGUUUCUCAGCUACUUUCUUGACAUGGCCGAUGGAAAUGGAUUCUUUGAAUCACUCGGUAUUGUGCUAGAGCGUAAAAAAUUAUUACCAUUAUCAUUAUUAUUACUUUGCAUUCCUACAGAACUGCAUGUUUGUCUAUAUUGUGCACUUUUUUAAUAUUCAUUUAUUUUACAAUGUUAUGAUAUUUUUAUAUUGCAAAUUUCAAACGAGAAACAAGAGAAAGCCAAUGUGUAGUCCCAGAAAAUAUCCACACCCCCCCCCCCUCCCCCCAUGGAGGGGAUUGGAAACUCCAGGGGUGAGGGGGUCAAACGCCCAAGAAUUUCCCGAGGGGAGUAGGGUAAAAUGUCCUUUUUUCUUUUGGGGUUGGAAAUUCCAAAGGGGUGGGGAGUCAUACCUCCGACCCCCUUCAAGGGGUGUGUGUGUGUGUGUGGGGGGGGGGGGGGGGGGGGUAUGGAUAUUUUCUGGAACUACACAAUAUGGUUUAUAUUUUUAAAUACAGCUUUAAUUUUUUUUUGUAUUAUCCAGAUACGCAUUUCCACAUACUAUACACCCUAAGUGGUAAGGCUUAUCCGCUUGUAUCUCAUUCUAAAGGAUAAAAAUGUGGUCCAAUUUUUAUAGUUUUGUGUUCUAACCCUUCGAUUGUCUGCCUUAAGCUGCAUUAUCACCAGUUUAUUCCUGGAGGGCCGACGGAAACCUCAACCAUUAAAUGACAAUCCGCUCAAAAUUAUCAAACUCAUCCCCAAAGAAACUUCCGAUAGACUCACUGCUUUCCCAUUUUGAAAUAUUUUUCGCGUUUUCCGUUAUGUUAAAAACCAUCACUACCGGAAGUAAACUGGUGACAAUGCUGCUUUAAGGAUAAGCAUCAUUUUACUUAAAGGGGUAGUUCUGUUGAACACGCAAUCCUCCCAGGAUCCACCGUCGAGAACAAAAUCAUUACAAUACCGAUUUUUGAGAUGAUGGGAUAAUGUCAGCUGCCGUAUCGCGUUCAAUAAUUAACGCAAAUAGUAUAAAAUAAUACCUCCUUCCCCUUCCGGCGACAGGCCAAAAAGUUAUAGAUUUCUAAAUAAUAAACAGUAAUAUAACAGC